GUAAUUCACAAACGACACAAACGGAACAGCCUUUGGAAUUGUGUAUGACAAAAAAGAUAUAUUAUCAUUGUGAAAUUACACUUUUAGCCCUCAAAUUAACACCAACAUGAUAGAAGAUCAAAAAAAGACUAUUUGUGGAAAGGUACCCAUAAAAGAAGGACCACUUGGUGCCAAAAACACACUGCCAAAAUCACAAUGUCUUUCAAAAGACCUAAUUUUUCAAAAGGGACAAAUACUAGGUAUUUCAAAAUUGAUUUCACAACACCUAAUCUUUAGUACGAAGAAAACACAAAAAUUAAACUAAAAAUACAUGGAAAUUCGAAUAAAGGGAUGAAGGAAUGAAAAUUAAAAAUUGAAGGAGAAGAAAAAAUGAUUAGCCACAUUGAUGAAGGAAUUCGAGAUAACCUGAUGAUUGCCGCUGCUGAUCGGAGCAGGAAUCGUGGGAGAUGUCGGCCCAUUUCAGGGGACCGCCAACCUGCAGCGUCCUCGCUCGCGCCGCAGAACCGGCGCUGCGGCCGGUGCGCCGUGGCAUCCGCCGUGCAGGACCGCCGCUCGCCCUUCCUCUUCUUCUGCCGCGGCGGGAAUUGGCAGCCCCAUUGCAAAUGCCCUAAAACCCUAGCUGCACUCGAAUUCCUCUCCCGGCAAAUGCCCCUAUUAUGUUGUUGUAUCCAUGAGAUCCUUAGAAUCUUAUCUGUUCCGAUUUCUGAUUUGGUCUUGUUGCUGUCGAUAGGGAGCUGAGGUUCUUACAGUGCUUGUUCUAUUGGCUGCUUGUCUAUCUUAUGAUCAACUGGUUCAAUGUGCUUGGUGGUUCUUUGUUGUUUCUUGAGUCUCAUGGUCUGCUGUGACAAUCUUGCAAUGGUUUUUAUUGAUGUAUGGGUUGUAGAUUGAAGUACGCUGUUUUGGUUUGCUAUGGUUAGAGUUUUCAUCCAUUUUUUAUCCCGAGGGGCUUCGGUUUGCUCCUCCUCACUUGUUCUUUCCUUUUUAUAGUAAACUUUUUCGUAAAAAAAUUACUGUAAAUAG